AUGGAUUUAUCUACAGAUCGAAUUGAAGAGGUACAAAACGUCCUUAAUGCUAUGCAGAAAAUCUUAGAGUGUCCAAUCUGCCUAGAAUUAAUCAAAGAGCCUGUUUCCACAAAAUGUGACCACAUAUUUUGCAAAUUUUGUAUGCUGAAACUUCUCAACCAGAAAAAAGGGCCUUCGCAAUGUCCUUUGUGUAAGAAUGAUAUAACCAAAAGAAGUCUACAAGAAAGUACAAGAUUUAGUCAACUUGUUGAAGAGCUAUUGAAAAUUAUUCAUGCUUUUGAACUUGACACAGGAUUGCAAUUUGCAAACAGUUAUAACUUUUCCAAAAAAGAAAGUAAUUCUCCUGAACAGCUGAAGGAUGAAGUUUCUAUCAUCCAAAGUAUGGGCUAUAGAAAUCGUGCCAAAAGACUUCGACAGAAUGAACCUGAAAAUCCUACCUUGCAGGAAUCUGGUGGUCUUAGUGUCCAGCUCUCUGACCUUGGAAUUGUGAGAUCUCUGAGGACAAAGCAGCAGAUACAGCCUCAGAAAAAGUCUGUCUACAUUGAAUUGGGAUCUGAUUCUUCUGAAGAUACAGUUAAUAAGGCAAGUUGCUGCAGUAUGGGAGACCAGGAAUUGUCACAAAUCACCCCUCAAGGAGCCAGGGCAGAAGCCAGUUUGAAUUCUACAAAAAAGGGUGUUUGUGAGUUUUCUGAAAAGAAUUUAACAAAUACUGAACAUCAUCAAUCCAGUAAUAAAGACUUCACCACCACUGAGAAACAUGCAACUGAGAAGCAUCCAGAAAAGUAUCAGGGUGAAGCAGCAUCUGAAUAUGCGAGUGAAACAAGUCUCUCUGAAGAUGGUUCAGGACUGUCCUCUCAGAGCGAUAUUUUAACCACUCAGCAGAGGGAUACCAUGCAGGAUAACCUGAUAAAACUCCAGCAGGAAAUGGCUGAACUGGAAGCUGUGUUGGAGCAGCAUGGGAGUCAGCCUUCCAACAGCUCCCCGUCCCUCGUAGCUGACUCUUGUGCCCCUGAGGACCUGCUAAAUCUGGAACAAAACACAGCAGAGAAAGUAUUAAGCUCAGAGAAAAAUAGUGAGUAUCCUACAAGUCAGAAUCCAGAAAGCUUUUCUGCCCACAAGUUUCAAGUAUCCUCGGACAAAGGACCAGAAAUGGAAAGGUCUUCCGCUUCUCAGUCCCAAUUGUUAGAUAAUAGGUGGUAUGCACACAGCCCCUCAAGAAGUCUUCAGAGCAGACAUUGCCCAUCUCAAAAGGAACUAACUAACAUUAUUGAUGUGGAGGAACAACCACUGACGAAGUCUGAGGCCCAAGAUUUAAUGGAGCAGUCUAAUUUGCCAAGACAAGAGCUAGAGGGAACCCCUUACCUAGAAUCUGGAAUGAGCCUUUUCUCCAAUGACCCUGCAUCUGAGCCCUCUGAAGACAGAACCCAAACUCCAGCUCAUAUUUGCAGCCUGCCAGCUUCAGCCUUUACCUUAAAGCUGCCCCCAUUUCGAGGUGCAGAAUCUGCCAAGAGUCAAACUGCUGCUCGUAUUCCUAACACUGCUGGGUAUAAUACAAGGGAAGAAAGUGUUAGCCGGGAGAAGCCAAGAUUACUGUCUUCAACAAACAGAGUCAAUAACAGAAUAUCGAUGGUGGCGUCGGGCUUGACCCCAAAAGAAUUUAUGCUUGUGCACAAGUUUGCCAGAAAAUACCACAUCACUUUAACUAAUACAGUUACUGAAGAGACUACUCAUGUCAUUAUGAAAACAGAUGCUGAGUUUGUGUGUGAACGGACACUGAAAUAUUUUCUGGGAAUUGCAGGAGGAAAAUGGGUAGUUAGCUAUUUCUGGGUGGUCCAGUCUAUUAAAGAAAGAAAGAUCCUGAAUGAGCAUGAUUUUGAAGUCAGAGGAGAUGUUGUCAAUGGAAGAAACCACCAAGGUCCAAAGCGAGCCAGAGAAUCCCAAGAUGGAAAGAUCUUUAGGGGCCUAGAAAUCUGUUGCUAUGGACCCUUUACCAACAUGCCCACAGAUCAACUGGAAUGGAUGGUGUGUCUCUGUGGGGCUUCUGUGGUGAAGGAGCCUUCAUCAUUCACCCUUGGUGAGGGUACUCAUCCAGUUGUGGUUGUGCAGCCAGAUGCCUGGACAGAGGACACUGGCUUCCAUGCAAUUGGUCAGAUGUGUGAAGCACCUGUGGUGACCCGAGAGUGGGUAUUAGACAGCGUAGCACUCUACCAGUGCCAGGAGCUGGACACCUACCUCAUCCCCCAGAUGCCCCCGAGCUGCUGAUUCCAGCCAGCCACACACAUAGGGCCGGUCUCCACAGGAUUCCAAGAAAUGAAUUUAAGUAAUGGUCUUUUUCCAGGCCCUGGGCCUUCCUCUUCAAUCUUUUCACAGUCCCAGUUACUAAAUAUUUUAUACACAUUAGCCUGAAAGGAACUUCUGGCUAUGCAAGUGUCCCUUAAAGAUUUUCUGCUUCAAGUCACCCUUUGAAAAUCUGUCAUGAGUACAAAAUUGUGGUAAUUUUUCAGCUGAAAAGAAUUUAAAACUAUUUAAACCCCACCAAUUGAGCAAGGUGCUGAUUCAUUAUUUAUCAGUGCUAUCUCUUGUACCAGGGCUACUGGCUUAGAGCGAGAGGCUGGCUUAGAGCGUAGCUGGCCUCAGGAGAAUAGCUAAUUUCCCUGAAUUUGUUUCUCUAAAAACCCUGUGUUCAUAAAGGCCAAGAGUCUUAACUCUUUGAUGGAAGGCAAGUACUUUGGGCAUCUGUUAUGUGACUUAGAACAGCCCUUGGGCAGCUCACAGAUGUUGAAGUGAAGCACUGGGGAGGGAAUUCAGAGGCGGGAAUGCACAUAAAUGUGGAACUUAAGGGUAAACCAGAGGAGAGAGGAGUCACGCUGAUACUGAUCUCCAGCAACCAGGGCUAUAUUGCUAAAGAAUUUCUUAGGACUGAUGUAUUAUAAACAGCGGACUUUUUAAGAACUGGUGUCCAAGAGAAUCUUCUAAUUCCCCAGUAGUAAUAAAUAACAUGUUUAUUGUUGUAGCUCUGAUAUAUGUAACCCAUUCCUCUUGAAAUAUAAGUUAUCUGAUAUGAAUAUUUCAUGUCUGUAAAGUGACAGCUCCCACCAGGAAAGGAGCUGUUGCUUUCCUCGAGGUAAUUUUUUUCCCUUUACUCCCUAUUGCUGAACUGUACAGCUUCAUAAAUAAUUUUGUUUGCUGAAGGAAGAAAAAGUGUUUUUCAUAAACUCAUUAUCCAGAACUGUUUGUAACUGUUGGAAGGACUAGGUGGUCUCUCUUAGCUCUCCAGUUUGUGAGGACAUCACAGACCUGAUUGUGUUAAAUCUGUUUUCUAAAUGUUAAUACUGUUCACCUGCAAAUA